ACAGGAAACCACAGCUGCUGGAAUUCUUGAAUGCAGCAGUCCUGUCAUGUCCAGAAGACACAGCUUUGCUCUGGUUCUUCCUGACCCCUAGUUCUUACAAUCUCUCUGAUUGUAAUGAUGGUCUCUUCUAUGAUGGUCACCUAGCCUUGUUGGGAUAUGGACAUGAUAGAGAUAGCCCAUUUAUGGUCGAACACUCCACAGACCUAUUCUUUGCACUCUGACUAGUUGCAAGUUUCUGCAUUAACCUCUGUCCGCUGCACAAUGAAGAUUCUCUCAUGAGGACUGAGCUGCGCUAAUCUAUGAGCUCGCUGGCCCCAGCUGGCCCUAGCUGACCAGAGCGCUUCAGGUGGAUUCUCCUGUCUCUGUCUACAAUUUCACUGUGGAAGUGCUGGAAUUACAGAUGCACACCAUUGCAUCUGGCUUUUUACAGAGGUCAGGGGAUCAAAGAAUCUCAGGCUAGUACUAUUAAGUGCUUUUGCCCAGUGAGCCAACUUUCUGGCACUGAAUUUUUUUUGAGGGGAGCGGAGUGGUUGAGACAGGGUCUCCGUAAUGCCCCAGCUGGUCUUAGAACAGGCUGGCCUCGAUCUCGCAGAGAUCCGCCUGCCUCUGCCUCUCCCUCCCAUGUGCCACCACGCCCAGCUCUGAUCCUAAUUUUAGAAAUUUUCAAAUUUUCAGAGGGAAAGGAGUAUUUGAGUAAAUUAUCUCAAAGGAAUAAAAGAGCUGGCUGUGGUGGGGAAAAGUUGUAAUCCCAACACUCAGGUGUUGGAGGCAAGAGGAUCAAGAGUUCAAAUUCAUUCUUAGCUACCUAGCAAAUCUGAGGCCAGCCUGGGCUACCUGAGAUCCUGCCCAAAAAACCAAAAAUAAAUAAAUAAUGAAAAAGCAGUGCACACGAAGUGAACUUGACUUUUUCAAUACUAAUGUUCAUGGCUUACUAGGAUUCUCAGAACCCCUAGGGAGGGAGGGGCUGUAGUCCGCCUCUGGAAGACGCAGGAGUGCUCUGAGCUUUAUUGGUCUUUGAAUGAAGACCGGGUCUUCCUAAACUCCCAGCCCCGCCCUCUCGCCACAUAGGCCACGCCCCUUCAUGGGCCUCGCCUCUGGCACGCCUACCCGCCGCGGCAGGCUCGACGAAUCAGAAGAGUCCUUAAGGCGGGCGCCUAAGUCCAGCGAGCCAAUCGGCGGGCAGCCAGAGCCGGACUAGCCCGGGCACGCAGCUGCUGAGGUGGGCUUCCACGUGUAGGCCGGGGAGCCGCCGGGGGCUUCAGGGUUACUGUUCCGCAUGUACACUGAAGUGACUCCUAGGAAUCAUCCUGAAGACUCUUUGUCUUGUGUCCUUGCACCUCUAACCAGCUCCCGACACCAUCGGCUUCAGAGUCCAGGAUCCAUCUUUGUAACUGUCCAGCCUCGGGCACAUCACACUGCCCCGUUGGAAGACAGCCUCCAGGGCUUCUCUUGCUCCCAGUAGCAAGCUGCCUGGCAUGGUGCUGGGGGAAGCCCCUGAGUCUACUCAGUAUCCAUCCCUUACCAGCCUGAAUGCCAAGGAUGCCAAGGAUGUGGUUCGGAGAAGACACAAGAGGACGAGCCGACAGCAUGAGCGGUUCAUGGCCCGCAAGGCCUUGCUGCAGGAACAGGGACUGUUGAACAUGGCACCAGGGCCGGGAUCCUGCCCGUUACCCUCCCCAUCACAGGUGCCAGCAGGCAUAGAGGCUUCAGGCAGCAAAAGGCAGCAUCCCAAGGCUGGAUCUGGUAGCCGUGGACUAUGCAAAAAAAAACAUGUCCCCAGAGAAGCCCCAGUGCCUGGGCCCAGCAAUUGUGUGGCUAUCGACUGUGAGAUGGUGGGCACUGGCCCCCGAGGGCGGGUGAGUGAGCUGGCCCGAUGCUCUGUGGUAAGUUACAAUGGUGAUGUCCUCUAUGACAAGUACAUCCGGCCUGAGAUGCCCAUUGUGGACUACCGCACCCGCUGGAGCGGCAUUACCCAGCAGCACAUGCGCAAGGCCAUCCCCUUCCAAGUAGCCCAGAAGGAGAUCCUUAAGCUCCUGAAGGGCAAGGUGGUGGUGGGGCAUGCACUGCACAAUGACUUCCAGGCUCUCAAGUACGUCCACCCUCGGAGCCAGACCCGGGAUACCACUUACGUCCCAAACCUGCUUAGCCAACCCGGCCUCCACAUCCGAGCCCGGGUCUCUCUUAAGGACCUGGCCCUGCAGCUGCUGAACAAGAAGAUCCAGGUGGGCCAGCAGGGACACUCAUCUGUGGAAGAUGCCGCAACAUCUAUGGAGCUCUACCGGCUGGUGGAGGUGCAGUGGGAACAGCAAGAGGCCAGCAGCCCUUGGGACCACCCCGAGGACAGGGGGCCUGAUAGCAGCACUGACAUGGAACAGUAUAUGGAGGACCAGUACUGGCCUGAUGACCUGGCCCAGGGCACCAGAGAAACAAGAGAGGCCUAGGGUAAAAGGGAGUGAGAAGGAGCAGGCAAGUGGGAAGUAGGGGCAGGGAGCCCUGGCUGGUUCUCCUGGGGCAAGCAGGGCAGGAGGUAGCCUGGCGGACAGGGUCAGAGCUCUAGAGAUCAUGCUCCACCACAGUGCUGCCCUGUUUCUGAGUAAUGCUUCCCCCUUACCCCCAUGGUUUUGCUAGUUGCACUUUGUAGACUCUGGAAAUAACAGGUGGGUUAUGUGAGUGCAGGUACAGGGAAGGUGUCAAGGGACUGUCUCAGACUGUUACUCCCCACUGUCAAAUCUGGGGUCACCAAGCUCUGCUGUUUACCAGGGUAAUGUCUCUUUCCCUGGGAGUGGUCAUUGGCCAUUGGUGUUCUUUAGCUCCCUUGCCAAUUCUGGCUGUGUGAAAGUCUCUUCUUGUGCCACGUCUUUUCCUCCUGUUGUACAGGACUGCCCUCUGCAUCACAAUCUGCUAUCCUCCUGUGCUCAGCUGUGCCCACUUGCCAACAAUCAUCAGAGCUGGGCUUUUUGACCGUUGAUGCCCCCUGCACUUGUGCUCUGAGGUUAAAGUCUUAAGGCCACUGAAGGAUACAUUUAUUCCCCAUCUCUUAAAUUUUGGUCGGUUUGGUUUGGUUUGGUUUUCUUGAGACAGGGUCUCCCUGUAGCCCCAGCUGGCCUGGAACUGUAUGUAGACCAUGCUGGCCUUGAAUUUACAGAGAUCCACCUGCCUCUGCCUCCCAAGUGCGGAGAUUAAAGGGAUAUACCACCAUGCCUGACCCCAUUUCUUAAUUUCUAAAAAUGUCCUAUUUCCUAAGUGGCAAUGUAGGGGUACUGGUAAGCUCAGGGCAAGUGGCCCUCUAACAGAGCCCCAUCGUUACUUCCACUUAGUAGUGAGACAUUAGACAAGCCUAUGGCUUCCCCCUUGAGCCUAUUUCCUCUAUAAAGUGGGGAGAGUAAUAGAACCUACCUCACAGGGUGUUUAGUGCCUCAGAUGGUGCCCUGCACAGAUGAGCUGCAGUUCAUUCAGGCCAGUGCCUGACUUCUGAGCAGCUAUGGCUGACAGGACUGUCCUUGGUUGGCUCUUUCAGCAGGUGGAGUAGGGAUACCACAAGGGAGUUUAGAAUUCUGGCUUUAUACAUCCUGCCACUGGGAAAGUAAUGGGAAGGAGGGACACUGCUGAGUCCACACCACCCACCAUCAGCUGAGGUUCCAGUUGCACAAGACCUGGGUCACAGGUGGUUCGAAUACUGGCUCUUCCCUGUCAGGGGAAGAGGGAGCUGGCCAAAUCAUUACCACUGCUGGCCUGGCGUGGGUACUUAGCUCUGGCUUCCUUAAAAAACUGUAACUGCUGCCAGACUUGCUGCCAGGCAGUAACUUCUGAAAACUUGCUUUGAGACUUGAAUGAAGAUGGAGCUGUAGCCAGUAGGGAAGUGUACUGUGGAGAAGGAGCUUUGUUGUAAAACCAAAACUUCUGUCUAUGAAUAAAGCUUCAUUGGAAAAGUG